UGAGCGUCCCCUCUCCCCUCGUUGCCGCUUCAAGCUCACGAGAGCGGAACAGGGGAAGAGAAGACCGCAGGACGACGAGGGAGAUCGCGAACAUGGCGGGCACUGUUGACGACUUGCUGAGGCUGACGAUGCCGGCGGACGAGAAGCGCAUCAUCGCGGAGUACAUCUGGGUGGGUGGGAGCGGGCUGGACAUCCGCAGCAAGCCCCGCACUCUGCCCGGCCCCKUGAAGKCSGUGUCUGAGCUCCCCAAGUGGAACUACGAUGGCUCCAGCACGGGCCAGGCUCCGGGCGAGGAYAGCGAGGUCAUCCUCUAUCCCCARGCCAUCUUCAGAGACCCCUUCCGCGGCGGGGACAACAUCCUGGUGAUGUGCGACUGCUACACUCCUCAGGGAGAACCCAUUCCCACCAACACUCGCUACGCUGCCAACAAGCUGUUCGAGCAGGCGCUGGACGCCGAGCCCUGGUUCGGUCUGGAGCAGGAGUACACGCUGCUGGAGAAGGAGCACAAGUGGCCGCUCGGCUGGCCCGUCAACGGCUACCCCGGYGCGCAGGGGCCGUACUACUGCGGCGUGGGGGCUGACAAGGCGUGGGGGAGGCGCAUCGUGGAYGCUCACUACAAGGCCUGCGUGUACGCCGGCAUCAAGAUCAGCGGRACCAACGGCGAGGUGAUGCCCGGGCAGUGGGAGUUCCAGGUGGGGCCGGCCAUCGGCAUCGAGGCGGGCGAUCAGCUGUGGGUGGCGCGCUACUUGCUGGAGCGGAUAACCGAGCUGGAGGGGGUGAUUCUGUCCCUGGACCCGAAGCCCGUGGAGGGCGACUGGAACGGUGCCGGGUGCCACUGCAACUUCAGCACCAAGGCGAUGAGGGAGGACGGCGGGUGGGAGGUGAUCAUGCAGGCCGUAACGAACCUGGAGCUGMGGCAYCAGGAGCACAUCAAGGCCUACGGGGAGGGCAACGAGAGGCGGCUGACGGGUCGCCACGAGACGGCCAGCAUGGACAAGUUCUCGUGGGCCGUGGCGAGCCGCGGAACYUCCGUGCGGAUCGGAAGAGACACGGAGGCGAAGAAGAAGGGGUACAUGGAGGACCGCCGCCCGGCGUCCAACAUGGACCCGUACGUCGUCACCUCCCUGGUCUUCGAAACCACCACACUGUGGAAGCCCUAGAGAUGACCAGGCGGCAGUUGCAUUGCGAACACAAGGACGAAGCAGGUGUUAGGAAAGCUUAGUGUGCAUUCUUCUCUUGUUAUUUUUUUGUUUUUUUAAAUUCCUUUUUCCAAUUUAGUUCCAGGGGGUGGCUGAUAUGGGGCCAGAGGAGCUGUUCGUCGGAACGGAACAAUAGCACUGCAAGGAAAUGGAAAAGGAAAUGAGAACAGUCAUUGCGGCACGCCGGCGAUAUUUUUGUAGCAUAUGUUGAUAUGCCCUACAGGUAGCAAUCGGUGGGCAAGUCUCCAUCACUGAUAAUUUAAAAACUGGAAGUCUAGAAGAGAUUAACCAGCCUUGUGUCCCUCCCCUCUCCAAGAGAGGUAAGUAGCUAUGCUUGCAGGGGUCCCCUGUUUAGCCUUACUAGUAGUGGUAGGUAGGUAGUGAAAGAUGGAAGAAAAUCUUGAGAGAGAAUUAAUAGUUUAGUUAAAUAAAAAAAAGCAAGUGGUAGGUAGGUAGUGAAAGAUGGAAGAAAAUCUUGAGAGAGAAUUAAUAGUUUAAAUAGAAAAAAGCAAAAAAAAAAAUCCUGUGUGGCUCAAUUGAUACACCCGUGAACUGUCAAGAUGCUGACCUGAGUUCGAAUCCAGAUUUUGGUAGUUGAAUGAAUCAAAAUCAAACGA